CUGCGUUGGAAGACAAAUCAGCUGAACAACAGAAGUAAGAGUUUUUUAUCUGCUUUUCAAAUGUGGUCCUUAUAAGAUAAGAAGGAUGUCCUUAUCUCGGUCAAUUACAGACAGUACAACGAUUUUUUUCAAGCUUCUUCUCAUCUGUCAGAUCUCUUCCCCAGAACCACAUUCGUUGGUGUAUAUCCUGUGUGGUACCUCAGGAAUCCCAAAACUUCCAGAGUUUUUGGUUUCUGGAACAGUUGAUGGAGUUGAAAUUGCUUACUGUGACAGCAAUAUAUUAGACUUAAAGCCCCGAACACCUUGGAUGAACCAACUAUUAGAGGAGGAGCCUCAUCAUCUGAAGUGGUUAAAUAACAAAUGUUUCCACAAUUGGAUAGACUUUAAAGCCACCAUUGCAACUCUAACACAACGCUUUAACCAGUCAGAGGGUGUCCAAAUUUUUCAAAGAACAAAUGGAUGCUUUUGGGAUGAUGAAACCGAGGAUUUUGAUGCUUUUAAUCAGUAUGCUUAUGAUGGAGAAGAUCUCAUAAGUUUUGAUAUGAAAACUCUGACAUGGAUCACACCUAGACAUCAGACUGUCAUCACCAAGCACAACUGGAACGUUGACGGCCAUAGUCUGUUUUGGAGGCAUGCACUAACAGAAGAUUGCAAAAGUUUUCUUCAGCUGUAUUUAAGAUACAGCAGAAGUUCUUUGCAAAAAGCAGCUUAUCCCUCAGUGUCUCUCCUGCAGAAGAAUCCAACCUCGGUGGUUACAUGCCAUGCCACUGGUUUCUAUCCUGAAAGAGCCUCAGUGUUCUGGAGAAAAGAUGGACAGGAGCUCCAUGAAGGUGUGGAGAGAGGAGAGAUCCUCCCCAACACAGAUGGGACCUUCCAGAUGACAGUGGAUCUCAAUAUUGCAUCAAUCAAGGAUGAAGACUGGAAAAGAUAUGACUGCCUCUUUCAGUUCUCCAGUAAUGAAGAUAACGUCACAACCAGACUGGAUGGAGCCAUUAUCAAGACAAAUCAAGGGAUAGUCCCCGUUUUGGACUACCUGUCCCCAGCUAAAGCUGUCCCCGAUUUUACCGUUUUACUGUAUGAAUGA